AUGCCAUGGAAGCUGGGAAGGUCUUUGGUGUGGGACGCAACCUGCGUCGACACCCUUGCACCUUCUCAUCUUCCAAUAACGGCGGGUUGUGCUGGUUCGGCUGCUGCCUCUGCAGAAAGCCUCAAGCGGCGCAAAUAUUACAACCUUGCUAGUAGUUAUAUCUAUGAGCCGUUUGGGGUUGAGACGCUAGGUCCGUGGGGUCCGAGUGCACUUAAAUUAUUCAAAAAUAUUUUAAAACGCCUGGUUGACACAUCUCGUGACCAGAGGGCUGGUCUUUUUCUCGGUCAGAGGUUAAGCAUUGCCAUGCCAUACAACGUGGCAAUGCUGCCAGCCUUCUUGGUACUUUCCCCACUGACGUCGAUGCGGACGAAUUUUUCGACGCUUUAUGUAAAUAGUUGUUUUUAUUUUUUUCUUAUAAUGAAUUUUAAUCUUUAG